AUGAACCGCGACGCCAGUAAGCGAAGCGGUGGUACUCGCAGAUCUCAGCGGCGUCGACAGCAAUCCGCCAACCUUCUGAAUGGCAGAAAAAUCGCAAAGGGCGACCGCGAGCAGUCUUGUAUGGCAGCCGUCGAAGCCAUCCCAGGCCUCAAAUUUGACGGCGGUGGGCCGCUCAUCAUUCCAAUACUGAGACCAACCUUUCUCGACCUGCUCUCCGACAUCAAUGACGAGCCCAAGAAGAUGUCCAAGUUUGACCAUAGCCUUUCUGCGGCUCGACGUGCGAGAACCAUCAUUGAGAUGGCCAUCUCUCUGAUUCAAACCGACCGCCCUCCCACUCAUUCGUACAUUUCCAAGUCCGCCAUCUGGAACGAUGCCUUGACGGAACUUCGCCGCCAUCGCUGGUCUUGGUACUUGAUGCAAUUCAAGUUGGAUACCUCUGCAGACAAAGUUGCCAAGAUCAUUGACAUCAUCGUCCGGGCUCGCAAGGCGUUCCUUGCUAGUGCGGCAGAUUCAGCCGUUGCAACCAGGUAUUUCCAAGGCUUCCAUGGCUUUUUAGCGGCUCUUGACCAAUGGAUCGAACUCAAGAGUCGAGCGGAUGCGGCAAACAUAUCUCAGCGCCAGAACAGUGCUCCUUCAUAG